GGGAGAGGUGUGCGCGUCGCUCAGCGCUGCCCGCGGGAACCUCCGCUGCACCUCGGGGAGCGGCACGGGAAAACUCCUUCCCCCUCCUGCGGCCGCCGCCCGGACCGGUUCUUUCUUUUACUCUUAUUAUUUUGAACUUCCUUUCCCCGAGCUGUGCCCGCCCGUCUGCCACCCUGGCGCAUCUCUUACCGGCCCCGGCCAUGUACAGCAUGCUGGAGACCGAGAUCAAGACGCCGCAGCCCACGCCGGGCAGCGCCGGGGGGAACCCGGCCCCGGGCGGCAACGGCAAAGGCGGCGGCGGGGCCGGCAGCGGAGCGGGUGCCGGGUCGGACCAGGACCGGGUGAAGCGCCCCAUGAACGCAUUCAUGGUGUGGUCGCGGGGCCAGCGGCGGAAGAUGGCCCAGGAGAAUCCCAAGAUGCACAACUCGGAGAUCAGCAAGCGCCUCGGGGCCGAUUGGAAGCUGCUGAGCGAUGCCGAGAAGCGGCCCUUCAUCGACGAGGCCAAGAGGCUGCGGGCCGUGCACAUGAAGGAGUACCCGGAUUACAAAUACCGGCCCCGGAGGAAGACCAAGACCUUGCUGAAGAAGGACAAAUACUCGCUGCCGGGCAACCUGCUGGCCCCCGGAGGGGGCAACGCGGUGAGCAGCCCCGUCGGGGUGGGCCAGAGGAUUGACACUUACGCUCAUAUGAACGGUUGGACCAACGGGGCUUACUCCCUGAUGCAAGACCAGCUGGGCUACGGGCAGCACCCGGGCAUGAACAGCCCGCAGCUGCAGCAGAUGCACCGCUACGACAUGCCGGGCCUGCAGUACAGCCCCAUGAUGUCCACGGCGCAGACCUACAUGAACGCCGCCUCCACCUACAGCAUGUCCCCCGCCGCCUACGGCCAGCAGCCCUCCACGGCCAUGAGCCUGGGCUCCAUGGGCUCGGUGGUCAAGUCCGAGCCCAGCUCGCCUCCGCCGGCCAUCACCUCGCACUCGCAGAGGGCCUGCCUGGGAGACCUGCGGGAUAUGAUCAGCAUGUACCUGCCCCCGGGGGGCGACGCCACAGACCCUUCGGCCCUGCAGGGCAGCAGGUUGCACAGUGUGCACCAGCACUACCAGAGUGCCGGGACUGCCGUGAACGGCACCGUACCACUAACUCACAUAUAAACAAACUGGCCUCCUCCGGACGGCUCCUCAUCGCAACCCCAGCGCCGGGACGUGCGGCUCAGCAGACUCGAUACUAACUUGGGAGAAAUUUUAAACAGAAAAUCCGUUCGUUGUCUUCAUUUUCUUUUUUCUUUUGUACAAAAAAAAAAAAAAACGAUUUGGGCAAUCUGUUCUUUUAACAGAGCGCAACCGCCUCCUAAAGCCCCGCGAAGUUCUUAAGCCACGGCGACUCUCCCGGUCUCCGCGGGGUUGGGCGUAGUUUUGUUCGCUUCCGAGUCUUAAAGAUGGUGCAUCGCCCCGUUCCAUUUUAGCGUUGCAAUGACAAAACGAAAAACCGACCCGGCGGGCGUUGUUUUCAAACUCAGUCGUUCCGUUGUUUACAUUUUCGUUGUGGUUACUGAAAGUGUUGUUCUUCCCACCUUGCCGAGCGCCGCUCGGUUCGUGUCCGCAAUUCGUAGAGUUUUUAACUUUAGGGUUUUGUUCCUACGGAAAGGGGGCGGUGGGAGAGAGCUGUGCGGGUCGCAAACCCUUUCUUUUAUUUAUAGCAAGUUGUGUGUCUGGGUUUUUCUUAAGCUGUAAACUUAUGUAAAUCGGUUUGUGAAUUUUACUGUGAACGAUGUUUUGACAUAUCAGACGAAGAAAAGUUUUAAUUUUUUGUUUGUUUGUUUUGUUUACCGGAUUUCUUCCAAAAAAAAAAAAAAAUGAUCGAAAAA